CUUACCUUGUCUUUACUAUGACCAUGAACGUAAUACCGCUGGCUUUGCUCCUUAUUACUCCCUUCGAUAGGGCCAUAUUUCGUGGAGAAUCUUGUUUAUCAACAUCUUACUACGGUACCUAUCGUGAUGGAUCAACAUACCAAGCCGUAUACGCUCCUGAGCAUGCAUGCAUGGACAAUUGGCUUUCAGACUUUGCUGCAGAGUCUGCCACGAUAUCUGGAGCAUUUCAGCCAGUUCAGCAGCUCGUUUGGGUUGAGGAAGAGUCGGUGGAUGAGACUUUGAAAUCGCAGGCGGUUUCGUUAGACGCUGGACUGGAUAGUUUUCUAGAAAGACUAUCACUCUCCCCUUACCGCACAUUGGACCAGGCUCUAGAGGAUCAUGAGCAGGAUGUCCUCGUAUACGGCAAGGAGGAGCAGCACUACGAACUAUUCUAUCGGUCCCCACACGCCGCACUGCUAUCGGUCAGCCAUGAUAAGGCGCGCAUCAUCGACACUCUCCUUCCGCGGUUCUGGAGGUCAAUCAUCUUACCAACGUCGCCUGUUGACUACAUUCCCAUACCUUUAUAUGCUACCCAGCGCAUUCGGGAUGUUAUAACAGGUGUCAAAUUCGAUCCCGUAGUUGCGUCUCUGGUCAAUAGCCUGUCGGUCACCCAGAUGAAGAACGAUAUCCGUUUCCUCACCGGAGAAGAUGGAAAAUCAGGAAUUGUUUCACGGCAUUCUUUUGCUGAGGGAUCGCGGAUCGCGGCGUCGUGGCUUAAACAUCAAAUUGAGGAUACCGGUGCUGUUUGCGAGCUCAAGCCUUUCCUCUCGGGUUUCGCGCCCAAUGUCGUAUGUAGAUAUGAAGCUACUGUAAACACAUCUGAAACGGUGCUCAUCAGUGCUCACUACGACAGCCGUGGAUCAUUUGGCAGCACCCGUGCGCCCGGCGGGGAUGACGAUGGUUCGGGAACCACAGGGAUUCUCUCCAUUGCGCGCGCUAUUGGAGCUAAAGGCAUCAAAUUCCGCGCUAAUGUCGAACUCGUCUUGUUCGCUGGAGAGGAGCAAGGCUUGCUGGGCUCCAGAGCUUACUCCCGUGAACUGAAGGCUGCUGGGUCGAAUCUCACACUCGUGAUACAAGCGGACAUGACUGCGUAUCAUGCUCUUGAUGAGCCCGCUCAAUUGGGACUUCCCAAAACUAUUGGAAGUCCAGAAGCGGGAGACCUUGUCUCCGCCAUUGCUGGAAUCUACAGCCCGGAGUUGGUUGUUGGAUACACUUCCGUUUGCUGCAGUGAUCACCAAUCGUUCCAUCAGCAAGGGUUUCCAGCUACGCAAGUGUUCGAGCGAGUAGGGCCAAUUGUUGACCCCAUGUACCAUAACAGCGGUGACCUGAGUGGUCGAGAGGGAUACGACUUCGAACAACUAAAAGCGAUAGCUAAAGUUCAGUUUGCUACAGUGCUUCAUGUUACUGGUUUCGAUAUUACAAAGUGACGACCAGUCGUGCUAUGUAUAGUUAUAUCUUUAAUGACCAUGCCUAGACCAGAGGAAUCUUAUAAUUCAAUCAUUAUCAUAGGUAGAGCGAAUGGCGGCGUCAACGUCGCUACGCGAAGACUUUCUCACGAAUAGCAUCUAGGA